AUGCUUCCACGAAUUCUCAAGUCUACUGAUAUACCCAUGCACUACCUUAUCGGUGUCAAGUAUACGACGUCCCUCAAUUUCAGGUUGCCUCUACGAGAUCUCGAAGGUGGCCCGAAGUACCUAAGCCGGAUGGUGGUUGAAUUGAAUCCGACAGCUGAAAGAUUAGAAACGGACAUGACAGCUACUCUCAACGAGCUCAAGAAUCAAGAAAUCGUGACAACAUCAGUGCGCAGCGACUGGUUCCGUCUUCUCUGCAGCGCAAGUCUUCGUGAGAUGGGAGCUGCUGAAAGGAUUCAGCUUUUGGAUCGAUACCUGCUGACAGUUAGCCUCACAAAAGAGAGACUGCUUCGACUUGGGACACGCUAUGUUCUGACAGAUCGCAUCUACGAGGACAAUGCUAAAGCGAAUGAGGAGCUGGCCACCAAAAGGAACGAGUGGUUGCAAAUGGAGGACGCUCAAGUUCACAUCAAGGAGAUCAUGUCUUUGGUCGAGCGGGACGUACGUCGCCUAGAAACAACCAUAAAAGAGAUUACGGAGUACAAGGUCGCCGCUGAAAAAGAGUUGAUGUCAAACCGAAGGGAACUAGACGCAGCCGAUGUCCUCACCAAGACCAUGAGGGCAAUGCAGGAUCAACUGCAGACGAUACAAGCUUUAUCAGCCCAGGAUGGAAGUUCGAAGGUCACUCAACAAGAAACCCCCCAGACAACUCAAGAGACUGAUGACCAGUACUUCGACCGCCUACUCCGUGAAUCAAGUGAUGAAAAUACCGGAACAGAGACCGAAGCUAAGCAGACAAAAAAGUCUUCGGAACGUACAUCAUCAUCGACGCAGAGUGAUAGCGAGCCGUGCUUGAAAAAGAAAAGAGGCACAAAUGAGAAAGGACCUAAUGUUCCGUCAGUCGGCUCGAAUCAUCGGCAGAAGGCUGGUAAAAGGUUCGAACGAAGCAUAGUUAACCCUCCCGCGUCUACAGGCCGAGCUAGAGACCUACGUAUGGAAAUCAAGAGUAUGGAGCGCACACUUGCCAGAUAUCCGUACCGAAUGAUAGUGGAGAAGUCAAAGGGAAUCUCAUCAAAAAUUGACUGUGCUUUCUGCGGAGCCCUUGGUUGCCACUACUCCGACUCUUGCCCAGUCGUCAUUAACGGUAACGAGAGACACGAAAUAACGUUAUUCUUGCAGCAGGUGCCCCCAAUGCUUGAAGUUUUGUGGAGGGACGUGUCAAGUGGAAGAAGAAUGCUGGUAUUGCGAGCAAGUGCGAGGAACGCCGUUCGAAGAUGUGAUUCCGGAGUACAAGCAUCACCGCGCCGUCUGCUCAGUACCAGAUGCAAAAGAGUACCUACAGCAAAGAAUGUACUAUAA